AUGACGCAAUUGAUGGAUGAAAGUACUCUAUAUGAUUCCAUGGUUGUCAAAGGACUAUCAAAUGAAACGCAGGGUGGACUUGAUGAAAAUUCGACAAUCCUUGUAAGUUUUUCCUGGAGUCCAAUGGAUUGGUCAUGGUCGGUUAUCCUGCAACUUAUCUCUGCAAUCCUUGGCAUUUUAGGAAAUCUCCUAGUGAUUGUUGUUCUUUUUCAUCGCAGGAAGAAAAACAGAUCCACAGAUACCUUGAUCAGUGGUCUUGCUGUUGCAGACUUCUUAACUUCAGUGAUGCUCAUACCAAAUCCUUCGCCAACGUACAUUCCAAACACCUGGCUGGGUGAGCUCUACUGCAGAUUUGUUUUCACACAAAGCCUCCUCUGGGCGUCCAUUACGGCCUCGACAUAUCUCCUGAUAUCUAUAUCUGUUGAAAGGUACAUUGCUGUGGUAUAUCCUCUUCAUGUCAAGCGCCUCAUUACUCGGCGUCGUAUCUCGAACUUAAUCUGUCUUAUCUGGAUCCUGUCUGUGUUAUCUUUACUCUUCGUCUUCUUUGUGCAUUCAGUUGACGCUUUCACCAACAAGUGCAAAGAACAGUAUCUAAACCGCUACACAAAACUUAUUAUAGCUUAUUACUGGUUCUGUCUGCGUCUCGUUGUGCCAUGUUUCGCCAUGCUAAUCACACAGGUUCUAAUUGCUCGUAAGCUAAGUCGUCAAUCUAACAACGCUCAAGGAAUGACUACCCAUCUCUCCAACAGAAACCCAAUGCCAUCACUCCACAUUGUGGCCAGAAAACGUAUCCUGAAGAUGAUGGUCAUUGUCAUUUUAGUCUACUUUAUCUGCUGGACUCCGAACCAGAUUGCUUACCUUGGUUAUAAUGUCGGUUGGGUUCCUGAAUCCUACCUUAACAGUGAUCUCCAUUCAAUGCUUACCGUUCUUGGAUUCUAUAACUCCUGCGCAAACCCGAUCAUCUAUGCGGUUAGGUACCCUGAGUUUAAGGAAGCUCUGAAAGACAUGGUCACUCGAAACUCCGAAAGAAAUAACGCACUUGGAAGAGGUGUCAUUGACAUAAGUACCGUGGGUGGCACAAAAAUGGCGGGAAAACCUUAG